GAAAAAAAAGGGGAAAUGUGUAUAUAUAUACAACCCUGGACUAAGGACAGCCUUUCACUCUCCUGCCACUUCCUCAGAUACGGGAGGAUUCUGGUGGAUGAAGAAAUGGAUCUACUAACUGCAAUUAUUCUCCUGGCUGCUUUGUUACACCACUCUGAUGGACAGGGUUUCCCAUAUAAAAAUGUGAAGGCUUUCUCCUUUCCUCAUUUUAAGUCUCAGAAUGAAAAACAGAUACUUGAUCUACACAAUGAAAUACGGAGAUCUGUAAUUCCCACAGCCAGGAACAUGCUGAAGAUGGUGUGGAGUGAGACAACUGCCAAAAAUGCUCAGAAAUGGGCAAGUCAGUGUGGGAUGAAAAUCAGUCCAAGAGACAGGAGAGUUAUUAAUGGUGUCACCUGUGGUGAGAAUGUGUUACUGUCAUCCUACCCACGAACAUGGGCUGAUGCAAUCCAAGUGUGGUACAGUCAGUCCUCCAAUUUCAAGUAUGGAUAUGGACCAAUCUCCAAAAAUGUCAAUAUUGAGAGCUACACUCAGCUAAUCUGGUACAACAGUUACAAGGUGGGAUGUGGAGUUUCCUACUGUCCCGCAGGCCCGUACAAAUACUUUUAUGUUUGCCAAUACUGCCCUGCAGGAAAUAACCCAAUGCAAAUAGCUAUGCCUUACAGAAGUGGACCAAAAUGUGCUGACUGUCCUGGCCACUGUGACAAAGGACUUUGCACCAACCCUUGCAAGUAUCAAGACCUUCUUGGAAACUGCAAAAAUCUGCAAAUGUUGUUUGGCUGUAGCCACUCACUGGUGAAGAAGAAGUGUCCUGCAAGCUGCAAAUGCACCACUCAAAUCCUCUAAAGCCCUGCUGGGUGUCAUUGCAGCUGCUGAGAGAUUAUAAGGAAAGAGUAGAACUCACUGUAAAGUGUAUUCACUCUCAGUGCAUCUGCUCAGAUUGACCUAUAGGUAACAAUUUUAUCUGAAAUCUGACCAUUACUUCAGUCUUCAAUUAGACUAGUACCUCAAAAUAACCUCUGAUGUUAUUUUAGGUUUUGUAGAAAUCAUGUUUUAAGCUACUAAUGUGUUACUUUGUGUCUUUCCUUGCAGUGGAUCUGCCACUGAUUUAUUUCUUUUUAAUGGGAAAAACACUUUUAAAACACUUCAGGUUUUUUUGUGUAAUUCGUUAGAUGCCACUAAAUUUUCUUCUGUUAACUUUUUUUUGAUUGUUAAUGGAAUGUCCUCCUGCUAAAUAAACACAUGAUCUACCACAAGUUCACAAACAGAGCUUGUAAUUAAA